AUGAACUUCCUCGCAGUCCUAACCUUCAUCACGGCAGCCCUUGCUUACGGGGUCGAUCCCGAAGACAACGAGUCAUGCACGCUUCCAGCCUACAUCUGCAAGCACGACUUUAAGGGCUGGCUCGUCUGCAAUGUUGACGGCAAAUUCCUCGAUGGUGGAGACUGCGCGGAGGGCACUACAUGCCAGUACAUCAACGAUCUGCCGUACUGCGUUUAA